AUGUCUGGAAAUCUCGGUCGAGCGCGCGGCGGCGGUAUUGGUGGAGGACCUUUCGGCAGUACCGGCGUCAUGGGCGAUAGACGUGGUAGCCGCAAGACCUCCAUCGAUUUUAAUGACAUGACCAUGAGCGGUGACCCGAUGUCCGGUAACAUGAAGAAGACCGAAGAAGGCAUCCAGAGCCCUCCUGCCAAGGGCACGAUCGAUAUGAAGAUGCGCACAAUCAGCAAUGUCAGCAUGAAGCUUCCUGACAGCGGCGUCGGUUGGGAUGGCGGCCCUGCCAUUCAGCCAACUUCGCCGACAUUCCAUCAUGGCGAGCACAAUCGCAACACAUCUGUCGAGACUGUGGAGUCGCAGCCCGAGCACCGUGAAUUCUAUCCAUGGGCUCGGGUCACAUCUCCUCGCGAUGCCAUCUCUUCCUACCAGCAGACGGGAUACCAUGCUCGUACUCCAUCCUCUGGUAGCACCAUCGGGCGCCACCCCUCCGUCAAUCCAGUCGACCAGACCAAGAUCAAGCACGUCUCUUAUCUAGGCAAACACGCUAUCGUUGAGGAUGAGGCCGAGAUCAUUCCCGACUAUCAGCACGGUGCCGCACUCGUCAACCACCGAGGGAUGAUCAACAACCACGGGAGAAUGCUCAGCAUCCACGCCCGGCCGCUUGACGGGCAGCAUGAUCGUCUAGUACAGCAGGAUCGUCUAGCGCAGCAGGAUCGUCUAGCACAGCAGGAUCGUCUAGCACAUCAGGAUCGUCUAGCACAGCAGAAUCUCAUCAACAGGCAGCAAGGUCGUACCAACGAGAGAUUGUGGAUCCAGACUGAGGCGACCGAGAUCCGCAUCGACGAUGCGGAGGAGCGCAACAUGGGCCGCUUCCAAGGUGUGAACACUCGCUUCGCUCGCGGUACCGCCCAAAACCAGGCAUCCAGUCUAGACCUCCACAACAUCAACAGUCACAUCCAAGACCAAGAAGAGCGUAACAUGGAUGCCGACCAUCGUCAAGCGUCUAUUGAUUUCCAAUUUGACGAUGUGCGUGACCAAUUUUUGGCGAAUGACCGCGACCUUGACGCCUUCGAGCUUCAGCUCAAAGCCAGCGACACUCGCCUCCAGGCUCGUCUCGACACAUACGCAUUGCACAACUCCAAGCACGUUGCGAAGGUCGCCCAGCUCUUUCACCAGCAGUUGCACAAGAACACGCAAGUGUACGACGCUGCCUUCUCGCAGCAAGCUGCGAAUCAACAACAAUUGCAGCAGCAACAUGCUACGAUGGUGCAGCAGCUCGAGCAGGCACAAGCUCAAAUGAGGUUGCAGGCUGUCAUGAUGCAGAACGUCAACGACAACUUUGCCAGGCUGGGAUUGAGCACGAUUCCUAUCACCCCGACUCAGGCAGGCAUGAACUUCUCCAACAGCGCGUACACUCACCAAGUUCACGCCUCCCAAUACCUGCCAUCACAAGGCUAUCCGUAUCAAGGCUUUCCGCAGCAUUCGAUCACUACGCCCGUAGCUGGCCCAAGCAAUGCCGCAGCCACCGAGUCUAGAAGCGAUCCACGAUCCACCAUCGCUCAGCCCAACCCUCGCGACGAUGUUUUCGGUCCUGCUCUUAACCUUCCGCAACGCCGCCCAGGACCUGCACCGAUUGCUGAGUUCGAGCAAAAGCCGUAUCACGAGCUUCUUCACUCCGUCUUUGUGGGCGUCGAGAUUGCCGUCCGCGGUGUGAAGACCAAGCGCCUGGAUCCUAGAUCCUCCGAUCGAGACAUCCAGAAGCUGAUCAAGGAUAUGGCUGAGCUCAACAACAGCAUCCAGAACACGAAGACUGUCGUGCUUCGCGAUCCGAAGUACACCAUCCAGAUGCUCAUUGGUUAUAUCAGCAAGUGCCUCGUUGUCGAGACCAUCGACAGCACGAUCCUCAACCGCUUCCCGAGCGUUGCGUUCACGGCUGAGUACUUCACAGCCUGCAACAAUGAAGCUCGAGCAAUGGUGGACAUGAUGCUCGCCAAUGAUGCAGGUGCUAGAGCCGGUUUGGCGAAUGAGCGCGCGCGCAUUGCCCGCUCUAUCGCCCAGCUACCUGGAUUUCAGCAGUGGAUCAAGGAUACCGCCGUCGCUAUCACGAACGAUCUCGUCAGCGUUCUCCAGCCUGCCAUUCGUGAGUUCCAGCACGAGUCGGCUUACAAGCUUCUCCACAAGCCUGUCCUCGAGGCACUAAAGAUCGGCGUUCGCAUGCGUCAGGACCCCAAGAACUUCAUUUGCAACUGGUACGGCUCGGGUCAUCGUUGGGACUACAACAGAAUGGUGCAGCGUAACGACGAGUUCUCUGGCCUGGAUCUCACUCAAGAUCCGCCCGCUCACUGCGUGCUCUUCACCAUGGCACCCAACGUCGACGAGAAGUUCUCCGACGGCAAGACAAUCAUGAGCACAAACUUGCACAAGGCUGAGGUCGUGCUCGGUAUGCGCAAGGAUCUUCUCCGCUAG